AUGGAGGAAAAUUAAGAAGAUUAUAAUUUAAGAAUUGCAUUAAAAACUCGUCCAAAUGAAACAUAUCCAUAAUAGGACGUAUUUUAAAUUAUAUAUAGAAAACCUCCAGCUAUAGAAGAAGUAGGAGAAAACGAAUUAUUAGUAAAAGUAAAAUACGUAUCAAUAAUUGCAAGUAUGAGAGUAUGGAUGAGUGGUUAGAAAUCAUAUAUAGAUCCUGUAAAUCCAGGAGAUACAAUGCCAGCCGGGUGUAUAGGAGAAGUUUUAUAUUCCAGAAGUAGUAAAUACAAGGUAGGUGAUUUAGUUUUAGGUUUUAUGAGAUGGGAAAAAUAUAUAAUAAUAAAAGAUUAAAAAUUAUUUAAAAUACCAAAAGAAUAUCCUCAUCCUUCCCACUUCUUAGGAGCAUUAGGAAAUUAGGGAUUAACUGCUUAUUUUGGACUUCAUGAUAUUGGUAAAAUCAAAUAAGGAGAAACUGUUGUGAUCAGUGCAGCGGCAGGCGCAGUGGGAUAAAUAGCUGUUUAAUUAGCAAAACUCUAAGGAUGUCGAGUUAUUGGGAUUGCCGGAGGUUAAGAAAAGUGCGAUUUUGUGAAAAAUGUAUUAGGAGCUGACGAAUAGCUUACUAAAUUGGCUUUAUAAGGUAAACUUAAGUGCAUUGAAGAUAUUUUAUAUGGAUUAGAUUCGGCUCCUAGGGGACUAAGGAGGUUAAUUUUAGGAGAAAAUUUAGGUUAAGUAGUUAUUUAUUGUGAUAAGGAAAAUAAUAAUUCGAAAUUAUGA